GGUGCUGUACUCUACUUCUAACGAGCCAAACACAAGGCAGAAAGCGGAAGUUGAAGCAAAACUGAAUGUCAAAUUGUAGCAUGGUGGAGUGCGUUUUUUAAAUAAAGUAAAAAUGUUACGGUACACUUUAUUACGGAUAGCACCGGUAGCGCAGUGCCUCACCGGACACAACACAUCAUUUCUGUGCAGGGUGAGCUUAUUAAACAGAGGACAGACAUGUGGAUAUGCUAAGAAAGUUGCGGCCAAGGGAAAGGGUAAAGGCAUGAUGAAAGAGGAACUGAAAGGUCCAGAGGUGUGUAAAGACCCUGUCAGACUCACAUCUCAUGCAGUAGGGGUCAACAUCUUCAAACAAGGGGAAGACCCCAAGCUGAAGCCUCCUGAGGAGUACCCUGAAUGGUUGUUCCAGUUAAACCUGGGAACGGCCAAAAAGCUGAACGAGCUCGAGUCGGACUCUUGGGAGUAUUGGAAACGUCUGAGGAAGGAAAACAUUUGGCGUUUCAACAGACUACAUAAAGGGAAGAAGUUGUAGGGUUUCACUGGACUUACCGAGGGCAACAGCAGUGUUUUACACCCUGGACUGAAUUACCAUGACAGAAAUGGACUUCUGGAUCAGUCUAUCCCACCUGACAGCUGAGAGACUUUUGUCUCUUCAUCGCUGGUUCUGUUUGAUGCAAAUGUUCUCUUGUGUUAAACAAAGGUGGUGAUAUAACAGCGUCCUUCAAAAAGGCAAAAACUGAACAUCAUAUGAACCUAAUAAAGUUAUUGUCUCACUUCAGACAAACUCUUCAUUAAAUCAAAUUUGACCAGUUUUCAUGAAGUCGUAGUAACAAUUUUCAACAUUUUUGCUGUAUACUAGAAUGCUCUGGAGCAGUUACUUUGUGGCAAAAAGUAGAAAAAAAAUAGGAUUUCAUUGUGUUUAACUUGGAUUAAAUCAUUUGAACAUG